GACCCCACGAGUGGGCUUCUGUCUUCUGCUACCUUUUCCUCUCCGAGGUCCCCCGUCUACUCGUCCCUCCAUCUGAGCUAAACCUCUCUCUCUCUCUCUCUCUCUCACACACACACACAGCUCAGGGAAAAACAAUAGUCAAUUACGAACCAAGAAAGAACCCCCACAAACUCUGUCUUAGCAAGGCCCAAACCCUGCAAAACUGAAGACCCUCUCUCUCUCUCUCUCUCUCUCUCUCUCUCUAUAACAUAAGUGGGAUGAGUCAGAGAAGCAAAGAUAUGGGGUUGAUCAAUCACCUUUGAACCCAGUAGUAGUAAAAGAAGACCCCUCAAACCCCACCCCACCCCCACCCCCACCAAAUGGAACUAACAGAUUUGCAAAGCAACAAGCAAAGCAACACUACCACCACUCGCCACCAUCAGCAACACCAACACCAUCAUCAUCAUCACCCACAACAGAACCAGUCCUCUAAUUCCCACCUUGUGGCCUUUGAUGGCAGAUCGGGAGGACCCUUCAUGGGCUCCAUCUCCAUCCAAGCUGGCCUCUCCACCCACGGUGGUUCAUCCACUUCCUCGUCUUCCUCUUCUUUGUCCUCCUCCUCCACCUCUUCCUCGCCCUCCUCCUCCACUGCCCCUCCUCACCUCGUCGACGCCUCGCUUGCCAUCGCUACCAGAUCCGACUCCCAACCCUCAACCCGAUCCGCACCCCUCCUUGACUCCAUAAAGAAGAGCCCAAACCAACAGAAUCAACAACUGUCAAUCGUACCCACACCCACUACAACGACAACAACAGCUACCACAACGACCACCCCAGUAAAGCGAUCCACCAAGGACCGGCACACCAAAGUCGACGGCCGAGGCCGCCGCAUCAGAAUGCCGGCCACUUGCGCCGCCAGGGUCUUCCAAUUGACGAGAGAAUUGGGCCACAAGUCCGACGGUGAGACCAUCGAGUGGCUGCUACAGCAGGCCGAACCAGCAAUCAUCGAUGCCACCGGGACUGGUACCAUCCCAGCCAAUUUUUCCACUCUCAACGUCUCGCUUCGCAGCAGUGGUUCCACGCUCUCUGCCCCGCCUUCAAAAUCUGCUUCUCAUUCCUUUCACGGCCAUUUGGCUCUAGCUCACCAUUCUUACCUUGAAGAAGGAUUCGGUCAUCCGGCUUUUUUAGGUUUUCAUCAGCAGCAGCAGCAACAUCUUAUGACAGCAGAUCAAAUAGCAGAAGCGCUUCCUAGUGGCGGUGGUGUCGAGAGCGGAGGUGGCGGAGAAUCCACAGAGAAUUAUAUGAGAAAGCGCUUCAGAGAAGAUCUAUUCAAGGAAGAUGUUCAUAAUCAACCGCAAGGUAGUGAAAGUGGAGGUGGUGGAGACGGCAAUUCACCUUCAGGGAAUAAACAUUUCAAGAGUGGCUUACAAUUACCGAAAGCACAAGUACAGGAUCAGGCAGGAUCUUCUGGGCUGCUUAGGCCUUCCAAUAUCCUGCCUGCCACUGCCAUGUGGGCAGUGGCACCAGCACCCAGCAGCGGUGCAGGCAGCACAUUCUGGAUGCUGCCCGUGACCGCUGGUGCCGCUGGUCCAUCCGUCACCACUACCACCACUUCUGGGGCUGGUCCUUCAGAAUCACAUAUGUGGACUUUUCCCACGGCGCCAACCGCGAGCGGGAACACAUUGCAAGCACCACUGCAUUUCAUGCCGAGGUUCAAUCUUCCGGGCAGUCUUGAAUUCCAAGGAAGUAGAGCCAGUCCUCUACAACUGGGUUCCAUGUUAAUGCAGCAGCAGCAGCCGCCCUCUCAGCAUCUUGGGCUAGGAAUGUCGGAGUCCAAUCUGGGGAUGUUGGCCGCUCUUAAUGCAGCUUAUUCUAGGGGCAGUUUGAAUAUGAAUUCUGGCCAUCAAAAUCACCCAUUAGAGCAUCAUCAACACCAGCCUCAAGCUACUGAUAGUGGAGAUGAAGGCCCCAGUAGUUCUCAGUGACAGUCACAAUAUACGAGUACUUGAUCAGUUGCUCUAAUAAUAUAUAUCUAUAUAUAUAUAUAUAU